AUGCUGCGCCGCGCCGCUCUCCGCUCCCGCGCCGUGUUCGCGCGCCCGCAGGCCACGCGCACCUUCGCCAAGAAGGCGUCUCCGGCGCAGUCCGUGCUGCGCCCCAUCCACUUCGAGCACGACGAGGACGACACCGCGGAGCGGCCGUUCCGCAUCGUGGGCGUGCGCGACGUGGAGGUGCAGGACUGGGAGUACCCGACGCGCGUCGAGUCGGACCAGAAGAACAAGAACCGCGUGCUGCGCAACCGCUUCGGCCACCCCAACUUCAUCAGUCUCUGGGUGGACAAGCUGGGCGAGGUAGAGGGCUACCUCAAGCAGGAGAAGGUGCCGUACUCGAGCGAGGGCGUCGUCAAGGGCCCCGAGGGCCACGACGUGCUGGUCAUCCCGCCCAGCGAGGACGGCAGCAGCGUCGAGUUCUUCAACCUGUGCGACAACCCCACCAUGGUGGAGCUGGUGCAGGCCACCCCCGAGGUCAUCAAGGAGUUCGAGGAGGACAACGAGGAAUAA